AAAACGUCACUUUAAAAGUAACGUAACAAUACUGACCGUUUAUUUAAUUUUUAUAAUAAGGUUUAAUUCAAACCGACGUCGUAUACAAUUUAAUUUCACUUAACUAGUGUUUUAACAUAAAAACGAGCAUAAUGAGGUCGGCUAAAUCCAAACAGAGAUUAAAUGAAUUGCGAACACCGGCUAGAAGUAAACAGAAUUUGGCUCCCAAUGAGAGAGAUCCGGUACAAGUUUACUGCCGUCUUCGGCCUAUGUCAAGAGAAAGUGAUCAUUCGUGCAUCAAGAUUGUUUCUUCAAACACCGUGUUGUUAACGCCACCAGCGACUGCUAUUAGCUAUAGAAAUGAAAACAACAAAGUUAUGAAAUAUACUUUCAAGGAAGUAUUCCCGCCAGAAACCUCACAAGCAGAAGUGUUUGACAAAGUUGCUCUACCACUUGUGGAAGGAUUAAUUAGAGGAAAAAGUGGGUUACUGUUUACUUACGGUGUGACUGGUAGCGGUAAGACAUUUACUAUGACUGGGGAACCUCAAAAUUGUGGCUUACUACCCCGCUGUUUAAACAUUAUUUUCAAAACUAUCAAUGACUUCCAAGCACAUAAAUACAUUUUUAAACCAGACAAAAUGAAUUUAUUUGAUAUACAGAGCGAGGCGGAGGCAAUGUUAGAGAGGCAGCAGGAACUGCAUAAAUUUAAAUCAGGUAAAAAAAACAAUUCUAAUCCUGAUCUAGCAAUGUCAUCAACCGACAUUACGAAAUUAGAGGGUGUGAAUGAAGAUAAUCAGUAUGCUGUAUUUGUCUCUUAUGUUGAGAUUUAUAACAACAGUGUAUUUGAUCUGUUAGAGGAAGGUCCGCCCUUAACCAAAAACUUACCUGCAAAAAUUAUCCGUGAAGAUGCAGCUCACAAUAUGUAUGUGAACGGUGUAACUGAAAUUGAAAUCAAAUCAGCGGAGGAAGCAUUUGAAGCAUUUUAUCUAGGUUUAAAAAGAAAGCGAAUGGCUCAUACAAAUUUGAAUGCAGAAUCUAGUAGAAGUCAUUCUGUGUUUACAAUCCGAUUAGUGCAGGCACCUGUUGAUGAAAUGGGAGAGGCAGUCAUACAAAACAAGGAUGUACUGAAGGUCAGUCAGCUCAGUCUGGUAGAUUUAGCUGGUAGCGAAAGAACUAACAGGACAAAAAAUACAGGUCAGAGACUCAAAGAAGCAGGUAAUAUUAAUAAAUCAUUGAUGACUCUUAGAUCUUGCUUAGAAUUAUUAAGAGAGAAUCAGUUAUUUGGUGCUAAAAACAAAGUGCCUUACCGUGAAUCUAAAAUAACUCAUUUGUUUAAAAAUUUCUUUGAGGGAGAGGGUCAAGUUCGUAUGAUUGUCUGUGCCAAUCCCAGAGCGGAGGACUAUGAUGAGACCUUGCAAGUUAUGAGAUUUGCAGAAAUGGCGGCAGAAGUUGAGGUGGCAAAACCACAAAUUAUAGAUAUUGCUGCAGAGAUAGGCUUGAAAUCUGGCAGGCGCAAAGCCAAUCGCUUAUUCAACACUGCAAGAGAAUAUAUUAUGAGACCAGACGCCAAAGAGCUGGAACUUGAUUUAGGUUUAGUUUAUAGCCUUGGACCUGAUUUCCCUAGUCUAAAAAUAAGCAGUUCUCAGGAAGAUCACAUCAUCAAAGAACUUAAAGCCCACUUAGAAAUGCGAUUAAAUCGCAGGGAAAUUUUGAAACGCAGUAAAGCUGUAAAAGAUGAAAGACUUCGAUCAGCUCUAUUAGACCUGGAGAAAGAUUCGUUAGAGGUACGAAGUGAAAAUGUUUCCUUAAGAGGUCAGUUGGCAGCAGCAGAACGUCGGGUAAGAGCUCUAGAGGAGCGUCUUACAGCAACCGAAAAUGCUUCCUUAUCACACCAACGAAAAUUGAAUGAAAUGACCGAGUAUACUUCAUCUUUAAAAAGAGAGCUACAAGAGAAAGAUUUGCUACUCAGUCAAAAUAAACUUGAUAAGGAGAAACAAAAAAAAAUUUUGGAAAAGAGAUAUAACCACAAAAUUGCUGCUGAACAUGAAAAAGCAAAGGAAAUUUGUUGUGAGAGUGAAAGAUUGCGUAAUGUGAUUGAAGAUAAAGAAAAUCGUUUACGGAUUAUAGCUGAGGCAUUGAAAAUCGAAAGAGAAGACCACAUGGAACCAGUACCUAAAAUGAUGGGAGAUGUGGGUGCACAAACAAGUGCCCGGGACUUCACACCAGGAUCAACUCCUAGAGCUCUGCCAGCACAUAUGUUAACUCCAUUUAGUUCAGCUCAACAGACAAAAGACACCCAAUCUUCGCGUCGUGGCGUGGCCGUCGCAAAUCCCCGACACAAACGUUCUUUAUCAGCUGAUGGUCGCGGAUGGAUAGAACAUGCACCAAAGAACAUUGUACCAAUGGGAACUGUUUUGAAACCGAGCAUUGGUCACAGCAAACAUGUUAAUAAGUUGACAAAUGUUAAGGAUAUAGCAAAUUCAAAAGUAUCAAAAUACUGCCUUGUCACUCAAGCCCAGGACACAGAUGGCGAGUUUGAAAUGACAAUGUACAAAGGAGAUGUUGUCCCUACAUGUGGUGGAGGUGCUCAAGUAAUAUUCAAUGAUGUUGAAAUGCUCAAACAGUUUUCACCAACACGACAAUCAAACUCCGCGCGUUUGUCAGGGAAUACUUGCGCUCGCCACUCUGGCAAACGGCGUGAAACCGGAGGAUGCUCUCCACCUCAAACACCAUCAAACACAAGCAAAAAACAAAGAGUGGACGAUGACGAAAUUAUCCAUAUGAUCUAACACAAAUUCUGUUAAUUUCGAUAUUUAAAUUGAUUCAGAUUGUCCCUAAAAUAAGUACAACUAUAAGAUAAUUUUCUAAUACUAUGUUUAUUAUGUCAAUAAUUGAUUUUAGUUUAUCAAGUUAAUGUAAUUUUCCUUGUUAUAUAUUUUCAAUUAUCAUACAUUAAGGUUGAGUUAAAUGUGUUUGUUGUUAACCUGCAUUGGUUAAAGAAUUUAAUUUGGUGACAGUUCUGCCCCCUACUUAGGAAGUGCUCAAUUGAGAUAAAUUAAUAGUUCCUUUGCAUUGUGAGAAAGUAUUCAAGAUGUCAAGCUACCAUUGUUACUUAACUAUAUUUAAUUUUGUUGUCUCUAAUAAUAUUUUUAUAAUAUUACUGAAAAACUUUUUGAUUUAAACAUUAAAAUAUGAAAAUCCAUUAAGGAUGAAAAUAUACUAUUAUACAGUUUGAUUGUUACAGUUCUGUAAAAUAAGGUUUUUCUUACUUAGCCUACAUUACAUUUUUUCAGUACUUAAAAACUGAUUUCAGUGUUAUUCAGCCAUUAUUAGCAUUUAUAUACAAUUUAAUGUGAUAAUAUUACUAAAUACACCCUGAUAUAGAUUCCGAGUCUUGUAGAGUAUUUUUUAGGACAUACUUUUUUUACUUUAUUUGAGUACUUAAUUAGUUGGUAUAAUGAUUAUGAAAAAUUUAUGUUUUGUGUUUAGUAAUUGUAUUGUAAGCUCUAAAUUUUAUUUGAGUGUUCUUUAUUUUAUCUUUUCAUGACAUUAAGUUCUCUUUUAUUGGAAAUUUAUUAAAUGUCUUUUCCUGUGUGUU